AACUGCUGCUUUCAUCUUGAGCAGGCUUUGUCCAAUCUUGCCAUGUCAUGCCACGGUACAUUUCACCGAAAAACAGCUUUAAAUCAAGUGUGUUGAACACAGUUCUACUAACUGAGAUGCAAUAAGUACACAAAGUAGGACAACCGUAACAAAUAUUGUUCCCCGCACCACGGCUGAUGCGGGUGCCUACCCAGCAUUGACGCGAAAGUCGGGGAGCCGAGCACAGUGUAUUGACCAGCAUGUUCAAGAAGCAGCCAGUGUUUCAGUGGGGGGAAAGGAUAAUGGGAGAAAGAUGAGAAGGAAAACAAUAGCAAAGCGCAUUUUCGACCUCGAAUAUGAAGAAGAGGAGGAGGAAGACCCCAAAUACGAAGACUUUGGCAACACGACAUCGCACAGCCAGCCUCCAUGUCACAGACUGCAGAAGAGAAGAAAGCACACACACCCGGUGAAUGAGAACGUAGAAGAGAAUCCACCAUGCAACAUUGCUCUCCAGAAGUUGAAAACGAGGAUACCAGUGUCAGACAACCCCAGUGUGGAACGCAUCGAGGAGGGUGACUUCAUGGCAGAGGGUCUUGGAGGCCUACAGUCACGUUCAAAGGCUGACCUGGUUGCCAUGGUGCUGAGCAUGCAGCGAGAGAUGGACAACCUGAGGGAGCAAAUCAGAUGCCUCACAGCGUGUGGAAAGUUGGCACGUAACCUGGAGGCCCUGAUCGAGAGGACGGAGGUGUGGUCGAGCAGCACGGACCGGAGAACUACAUCUCCCAGCAUGCCCGAGAUCCUGGUGAGGAGUGGUGCCAUGACAACGUCGGCCCUGCUGGCCUCUCCAGGGGUGCUGAACGGGUGCUGGGCGGCCAAACUAGAGCCCCUCCACCCCCACCAGAAUGGACAACCUCCGGGGUCUCAUGAUGGGGGUUCCCAGAUCAACGGACCACCUCUCUAUCAGGAGUUCAUCACUGCAGAGCUGCUUGACCGCUGUAACACGGGGACCACUGCCCAGAAGCUGACCAACGACCUGCUCCGGGGCCUCUAUGAGAGGGACUGCCUGGCCUCUCACUCCAUCUCCGGCAUCGUCAACAACAAGAGGGGCCAACCCAAGCCUGCCCUGCCUGCAGACGAGAUCCAGGCAAUACUGAGGGCGGUGCAGCACUACUUCCCAGGGAAGACGGACUCGGAGAUCAAGGGCUACAUCCGCCAGAAGCUGCAGAACGAAGCCAAGCGGCUCCGCAAGAAGCCUCAUCUGGCCGUGAAGGUGGAGCCCGAGGCCGGGGCUGAGGGGGCAGAGACUACUUUCUACACCUAAGCGGUGUGGCCACGCCAAACCCCACCCCCUGUUCCACCCAGGGAGUGAAGUGCCCUGCCUCUGUCCAGGUUAAAGUGCAAUUAUGGGAGGGAGACACACGUAAAAACUGCUGUGAGAGGGAACCAAAAUGGAGCAGCCUUAUCAACACCAGUCUAGUCUAUCUGUUUGUCUGUCCAUUCCCAGCCACGUCUCUGGGCUGGGAGAGAAAUAGGCUAGUGAGGGAGGAGUCUAUUUGUCUGACAAUGUGAUCAUUCCAGGGGAAGUGUUAUGGACUCCAGUCUGAUCAAGACUAGUUACUGCUCAGGUGAAGUAAGAUGAUACUGUAGCUUAUUCUUCCUCUGUCCUCUGGCAUCGUUCGCAAGCCUCAGCCAGCUAGCCAGCCAGCAGUAGUAGGCCUAGUAGAUGGCAAGUGAUUUGUUACCAAGUUUAGUACUCUUGUUUCUGUGAAAGAGGUAGCAGUCAGUCGGUGCUCCAUAGAGAAGUCGUAACAGAAGCCCCGAACAACAUAGCCGUCAGUGAAGCUGCGCUGCACUCUGUGUCACUUCAGUUUGAUGUACAGUAUUGUCAUUGACCUCGUGAAAUGAACCUAGCCUUAGUAUUGAAUUAAUUAUAAAAAAUAAAAAAAAUACUUCCCCCCCCCCCCAAAA